ACAUCGCAUAAAAAGAGGGAUAUAAAACAUUUGUACGAUGAUAUUAUUCUCGCGGAAUCUGUUUUUCCUUCUACCAGCUUCCUCAUCAUGAUAAUGUCCGAGGGUAUGAGUCUUGAUAAGAUUAUUGUCUGUGGUCCAAACGGAUUUCGUCAUCAAGGGAUUUGUAGCGUUUCUGCCGUUGGAGUUGAAAUAAAAAGCGAAGAGAAAACCUUUCGGAUUCAAAUUGGAGAAAUUGACUUCCUUCUACGGAUACCUCCGCUACAGUUCAUCGUUGCCUCUAAUUCCUCGUCCUCGACUACUGCUUCUACGGGAGUGCAACGGCGAUUUGGCAGCUCUACCAUGCCGCCACCGCAUUGGUACACUUUGGGUAUUGGGACAAAGGAGCUACUAUUUUUUGAAAUUAGUGUUCCCACUCAAUGUGAACAGGAACUUGUUUACAAGGCCCUUAUGGAGUACACUAAAAUGGAUGUGUGGACUAAGAAGAACUCAAGACUGGCUGCUCUUGACUACUCCCUCCCUAAUCGGAAUGGCUGGAACCCAUUUUUACCAGAGGAGGAUUUUGCGAAAGAAAUUGCUUCUGGUAUUGUACGCAUCAGUAGGGUCAAUGAGAAAUUCAAGAUCUGUUCAACCUAUCCUGAAGCAGUUGUUGUGCCUGCUUCAAUCGAUGAUGAGGUGAUUGCGGAGGCCGCUGUUGAUAGACGGUACUGCAGAUUUCCUGUGAUUAAAUACUAUCAUUCUGUCAAAUCAACCAUUUUAGCCACUGCUUCCGAGUUCUCCAGCACAAGCAAAUGUAGCAGUAACAGAACUGGUCAAGUGCCUGCGUCAGAUGACUCAUCUUCGAUCUCUUCCUCCCUUCCAUCGGUGGCUUCGCAGCGUUGCAGAGCCAAUGAGAAGCUUCUAGAGGCUAUGCUUCCUCCAGGAAAGAGGGGUCUCAUUAUCGAUCUGCGCAGUCAUGGUGACUCUGCCACCUCGUCAGGCUCUAAGCGAACAACAGCAGAAAUGGAUCAGUUCGAUCAGCGUUGGAAGCGUGUUGCCAAACCCCUACCGGAGGUUGGUGAAAUUCAUUCAAUUUUCGCCCAGUUCAUUCGAGAUUUGGCCAUGUUCGGUUUCUACCCCAACUUAGACAUCACGUGUCCGGCGGAGAUAGUACCUCAACAGAAUCCUAAUUCCUCUUUUCCUUCCGGGGGAGGCUACAACCUGGCAAGCUUUCUACCAUCGGGUAAUGCCGACCUCCCGUCAAUCUCGCCGUCAUUGCCUGCUGGUGGCAACGAUGACAUCGCUGAGAUACAUGGUGCCUUUGCUGGUGUCAAGGUGAGCCUCAAAAAGUCAUCCGCUUGGCUUGGUCUAGUCCGCGACACCUUGGCCGCAGCUGUUGCUGGUGCCUGCGCUCUAGACGGUCGAGAUUUAGCCGCGCGAAAUCAACUUGAUCGUGAUCGAGCGGCUCUCACGCGGUCCGCUGGAUGUAUCUCUGAAGCGGAAUUAAAGACGAGGCUGGCUGCAAUGACAACCAAUGGUUCUUCUCUACUUAUUGUCGGUGGGGAUGGACGCGAUCAAUGUCUCCUCGUAUCCUCUCUGGUGCAAGUUAUCCUCUCCCCCGCUGUGCGAACUAUUAGAGGGUUUGAGGCUCUCAUUCAACGAGAAUGGAUAUCGGCCGGUCACGCCUUUUCAGGGCGCUGUUCGCACCUCCUCACACAGCCCGGUGAUUCUACGUUCACUGAAGCUGCCCCCAUUUUCCUCCUCUUCCUGGACUGCAUCUGGCAGAUAUGGUGUCAGUAUCCGAGCUCCUUUGAAUUCAAUGAAGAAUUCCUCCUGUAUUUGGUAAAGCAUGUAUAUGCCUUUGAAUUCGGCACAUUCAUGGGAGAUUCGGAUCAGAUGAGGGAAUCGUUGAAUUUAUCAAAAACUACGGAUUCUUUUUGGUCAUACGUCAAUUCCGAUGAGGUGUUGCCGAAGAUUCGGAACUGCCUUUACUCACCACCAGGUCGAGAUGCCGACAGCGAGUCACUGUCUUGCUGGCCAUGUCUUUCACCCCAAGCUCUCAAUAUUUGGAGAGAAGUCUAUCAGCGAGUGGUUUUGCCCUAUCCAUGUCAUAUUUGGUCUGAUCGACGUGAAGCGUUAGCUAAUGCCUACGUGGAGUAUAGAGAGGCUCUCAGCACGGCUCAGAAAUUGGAGAAAAUCGUGCAGAACUUAAUGCGCGAGGCUUCGGAACGCAAUCUUUUACCCGCCAGCUAG